GCGCUCAUGCAUACAUAUCAUACAUGCAUGCAUAGACGCAAGCGGCAGCCAUCAUAGGUACUGUAUAUUGAUAUCUCACUUACUUUUGCUUCCUGCACGUUUCAGUUGUCUCCAGCCACCCGACAGCGCGUGACCAGCCACUGUCGUAAUAUCAACGACAGCUACUCUGUCUGGCCUACGCAUGGGCAGCAUAAGACAUGGGGAAUAAGAACAAAGUUGUUGGGAGGCAACCCUCGUCGCAUAAUAAGAGAUCCGAUACCGCAUGCCGCCAUGGAGGCACUGAAGCAGCCGCUUCCAUAAGUUGGCCUCCGUUCAAGCCCAAAUUGCCGGUUACUCAGCUUGUCCUGGACGCGCCUAUCCCAACAUUCCAAGACCAGAUUGUCUUGCUUCGGCACUUCUGGCCAAAGAGUUUAUGUCGGGAUUAUCUCGCCUUCCUGACCAGCCUCCCUUUAACAACGACACCUGGGCGACCGAAGCGGGGUGAGGCAGUCCGAGUCAACGAUCGCUUCCAGAUUCAAGACACCCAUUUUGCUCAGAGACUGUGGCUUCAGACAGGGCUGAAAGAUGCGAUAUUAGAAGAAUCCGCCAAGCAUCUGUGGGGCGGUGAGGUUGUAGGACUCAACCCUAACGUGCGAGUUUAUCGCUACUCCAAAAACCAAUUCUUUGAUUGUCACUACGACGAUUCGAACAUGGUUGAUGUUCUGUCUGACGACGGGUCACAGAGCAUCCGUGCCAAGACGACUUGGACAGCGUUGCUUUAUUUAACUUCGGCAGCCGAUGGCGUUUCGGGCGGAGAAACAGUGUUCUAUCCCAACGAUCGAAAAUUGGAACAAGAAGCGCUCGUCGUAGCGCCGGAAACUGGAAUGCUUCUACUCCACAAGCACGGCGACAACUGCUUACUAAAACUCGGCUCGGUUAGCACGAGGGCCGCGAAGUCCUAUCCGGCCAUAAGUGGAUUAUCCGAACCGACCUUUGUGUCCGCAGGUGAAGGCAAAUACAAGGCGUAAAUCUAUGCAGUCUUCAUGCGCUUUGUGAACGAUCUGGUGACAGUUUCAUGGCGUGAAUGCGACUAUUCGCUGCAAUGAAAAGCCGAUUACCGGGUUCACUUCGUUGGUAAGGCUCAAUUAGGCCGCCUGCAUCAAUUGACCGAAUGCUACGCUGAUCCGGGCACGCAACCCCUUGGAUUCGAAAACUAUCACAUUACUAGCAUGUUGAUAUUGCCUGCAUAG